CCUCCCUCCCUCCUGCCCUCCACCCCGAACUUGCCUUUUUCGGUCAUUUUCUUUAUACCUGUUCAUUGAACGUAUUCGCAGCGCAUAUCAGGUUUGUGAAAAGAAAACACAAAUAAUAUGGACGGCGAAGACGUGCAGAUACGUGUCGAGCCCGACACCGCCGUCGUCGACGCGCACGGACCGCCCGUCGAGACAGUCGCCCCCAUCAUCGACGCUGACGACCACGCCUCAUCGCACUCGGACGAAGGAGGCGAGGAGGAAGGCGAGGGCGAGGGAGAAGGAGAAGAAGCGGAAGACGAAGAAGAGAGCGAAUCGGGCGAGGACAGCGGCUCGGACGACGACGACGAGGACGAGGGCGAGGAGAGCGAUAAGCCGGUUUCGGCGGCUAGCGUGAGCGUGGAUGCCGAGGACGCCGGGAUGAGAGGAAAGUCCAAGGCGGAGAGUCCUUCCGGAGCCGCGGGCGCUAAUUCGGACCCUGUCGCCACAUCUUCUCUUUCACCUGUUCCUGCUGCCCUCGCCACACCGGAUGCUGGACCUCCUGCAAAUACAACAGCAACCACCACUGCCGAUAAUGCAACGAUUAAUGAUGCAGUCGCCGUCGCCACUACCACAGAUCUCACAGCAGCCACCACCGUCGCUCCUCCUCCCGCCCCUCCCAAACCCAAGACCAAACGUCCCCGAUCACCUUCCCCGUCCCCACCACCUCCACCCCCACCCCCGCUCACAACAAUCCGACUCGACAUCGCGCUCGGUGGUCCAGAGAAAUACGAGGUCGAUAUCGCCGCGAUGGCGAAGGCGACGGGACAGAGGCCCGCUACGCCGCCUAUGCUGAAGAAGAGGUAUGAGAGCGAGACGGAGAAUGAGCCGGAGGUGCCGGUGCUGCCUAGUGAGUUGGACGUGGGUGCGAAACCGAAGAGGGGGAGGAAGAAGAAGAAUCUGGGACAAGAGUAUUACGACCUGAAUGAUCCGUUCAUCGACGAUUCAGAGCUCGCAGUCGACGAACGUACCUUCUUCGCGCAGACCAAACAACAGGGGUUCUAUGUCUCCUCUGGCGAGGUCGCGCUCCUCAAAGACAAAACAACCCCCAAAAAACCCAAAUCCCGCCGUCCCCUCCUCCCCCCUCCCGAACCCAUCGCCGGCCCCUCCAACUUCCCACAUCCCUCCCACUCCUCCCACACCCUUUCCCAUCCUUCACACCCCCUUUCCCACUCGACUGCAUAUCCACAGGGCUCAAAUGGCCAUACGUAUCAACAUGCGAAUAUGACGCGGACGGGACCUACGCAUACGGGUGCGCCGAGAUCGUCGUUGCCUGGUACUACUACUACUGGGACAACAACGACGGGACUGUUAACCCGUGUCGGGCCACAAGGGUCAAAUACGCGAGACGGCGUCCGUGUAGGAGUGAGCCCAGGAUCGGGGAUAGGAACGAAAGAGACGCCGAUCGCGUUAUUGGACGAUACGUCCGACGACGCUCGAGGUCCCCCUGGCUUCGUCUCCGGCGCGGGUGCGGGAGGAGGAGGGGGUGGAGGUGCACCGCUGGGCGUAGGCCUAAACGGAACAGGCGCAAGCGCGGGACUAAAACGCAAAUCUAUGGACAGCAACAGUAACACCAACCCCAACAUGAGUGGAAGUGUCGGUGGAGGGAUGGGUGGGAGUGUAGGAGGCGGGGCGGGAGACGUGAGUAUGAUGAGCGUGACGAGCCAAGGAUCGGUGGGGACGGCGGGGGGGAAGAAGAAGAGGAGGGUGGAGAUUCAUCCGUUUCAUCCGGAGUUGGAGAGGAAGUUGGAGGAGUUGAGGGUUGCUGUUGCGAAGGAGAACUGGGACGUAAAAGGCAAAUUCCCGCCCGGACUGAAGCCGCUCCUCGCACAGGUCGCGCUUAAGGCGAUCACGCUGAACGAGUACGACGAUAAUUUCUUCAAUCUGAUGCCGAAGAUAUUCCCGUAUAAUCGGUUUACUAUGAGCAAACUCAUCAAACGCACCGUCUUCACCGAACACACCGCGCUGCUCACAGAACGGCAGAACGAGCUGUUGGCCGAGCUGAAGAAGCAGGCGGACGAGGGGUUCGAGAGGGCGAGGGAGGAGUGGGAGAGGAGUGUUGUUGUUUGGGAGAAGAAGCAGGGAAAGCCGACGGAGGGCGCGACGUCCGCGGAAGGAACGCCGGUCGUACAACCCCUCCCUUCUAUCACAGCCGACGACAACUCCAUGGACGUCGACCACGACACUCACCCCUCCUCUACCAACGGAGGUGCGGGAAAGGAUGCCGCCGCACCCCCCAACACCGCACAAAAUCCGCCCGCGAAAAAAUACCGCAUGACGGACUCGAUGAAGAAUAUCGUGUGGAGCCUAGUCUGUCUGAGCAAUGAAUGCUGUCGGAUCGAGAACGAGAAGAAUUCGCUGGAGGGGUCGACGUCGCAGGUUAGUGAGCAGGGACUGAGGAAGGUGCUUUAUCAGAAGAUUGUGGGGAGUUUUCCGGAGGGGUGGAUGAGUAGUGGGUAUAUUUCGAGAGAGGUGAGCGUGAUGAAGAAGAAGCUGGAGAAGGAGUACGAGGGCGCGGAGGGAUGAAUGUGGGGAUCAUUGCCUGUUGUGUUGUUCUUCUUGACUUGUUCUGUUCCGUCAUGUCCUGUUCUCGUGUCGUGUCAGCCAGCGUCCCCGCUCUGUCUCUGUGUUUUAUCUUACUAUGUAUAUCGCCUGUAUGUAGCGUACGACACCUACGCCGGACUUUCUACUCUAGUCCUUCUUCCUCUCUUGCCUUCCACCCCCCACCUCUUCCCUUCUCGCCUCUUUACCCCUUUCUCUUCGUUUUUGCGUCUUGCCCCUUUCGCUCCUGUCACAUACAUUUACGAUCGUGGGUCUCGAGUCUCCUGAUCCCCUUUAUGCCAUUGUAUGGUUAGGAGGCACGACUCAGAUUCCGAGUUACGCCCUUUCGAA